GCACCCUCUUGCAUUAUCCUCUACGGCUCUACAAAUAAUUGGUCAUUGCUUCCAUGGCUGCUCCUCUCUGCAUUCCCCCACAGCACAGCUUACAAAACCAAAAUAAAUAUGCAAAAUCCUUUACUAAACAUUAUAAUUUUCAAUUUCUUGUUACAAGAAAUCCCCCAAGUACUUUAUUUGGGCUUCAAUCGUCUAAUCUUGGGGUUCCUAGACUCUCAAAUCAAGCUCAGUCUUUAAUUAAUUCAACCCCAAUUUCGGAAGUUCCACUCUUGUCACGUGAAGAGGCAAUUGAGAGGUUAAGGUUGAGUAAAGAGAGGCACAAGGGAAAACAACAAUUUCUGGCUAUGUACUGCAGUAUAUUUGGUGGGAUAACAACAGACCCCGCGGCGAUGGUGAUCCCCAUGGACGAUCACAUGGUACAUAGAGGGCAUGGUAUAUUUGACACCGCUGCUAUUGUAGACGGUCAUCUAUACGAGUUGGAUCAACACCUUGAUCGUUGUGUGAGGUCUGCAACUAUGGCGAAAAUCAGACUACCAUUCGAUAGCGAAACCAUGAGAAACAUACUUAUACAGACAGUAAUUGCUUCCAAGUGUAAAAAUGGAUCUUUAAGAUAUUGGCUUUCGGCAGGAUACGGCAACUUUCUUCUCUCUCCGUCUGGGUGUGCUGAGCCAACAUUUUACGCCAUUGUAAUUCAAACCUCGGCCUCACAGCCCGAUCACAAGGGUGUUAAAGUAAUUACUUCUUCCAUCCCAAUAAAGCCUCCUGUGUUUGCUACAAUGAAAAGUGUCAAUUACCUUCCAAAUGCACUAUGCCAAAUGGAAGCUGAAGAAAACGGUUGCUUCACAUCUGUUUGGUUGGACACUGAAGGAUUCGUUGCAGAGGGUCCGAAUAUGAACGUGGCCUUUGUCACGUAUGAUAAAGAGCUUUUGAUGCCGAGGUUUGAUAAAGUUCUUGGUGGAUGUACACUCAAGAGAAUGCGUACUCUAGCACAGGAACUGGUUAAGAAGGGCGACAUUCGCGGAGUAAGCACGAGGGACGUGACCGUGGAAGAAGGGAAAAGGGCUGAGGAGAUGAUGCUUUUUGGAAGCGGCGUCCUAGUGCGUCCAGUUGUUCAAUGGGAUGACAAGAUCAUAGGCAAUGGAAAUGAAGGUCCUAUUGCUCGAGCACUUCUCGACCUCCUCCUAGAGGACAUGAUAUCAGGCCCAUCAACAGUUCGGACAGCCGUUCCUUACUAGGCACAAUUCGCAAGAAGAGCAUGGUUCUGUUAUUUGUACAUCAACGUACAGCACUUGGGAUUAUCAAAAGGCUGGAAAAUCUUGUGCUAUUUCUCCAGGUCCGAUCCCCUAAAGGAAAAAGUAAAUAAAAGAGCUCCACUGGUUGAAAAUAAAAGGCCAAGGAAAUGGAUGGUGUACUGGUGGUUAAUGCAUCCAGUUAUUCAGUGGAUGAAUAGGUCAUUACGCCUCAUUAGUCACAGGAAAAAAGAAUUUCAUAUCCCCUUUUUUUUUUUCAAGUCCUGUAAAAACUACUUCCUGCUCUGGUUUAUAAUUUACCACGAGAACAUGCAGCUUUGUUA